GACAUUUUGUUUAAGAACAGAGGCUUGAAGAAACUACUUGACAGGUUGAAGAGACAAGUACGUAAGACUUGGACAAAGUUUUGAACACAAACAAGUGAAUUUUCCUUUCGAUCGAAGUCGGGCAUGACAGUGCAAAGUGAGUCCAUAAGUUGGCUACAAAGCUGCAGGCAUGUAUAAAUCGAUUAUCGCAGCUGGAGCCUGUGCCGGUCACGCGCUGCGGUCGGCAUAACGUGGCCAACCGGUUCCGAUCGAUUCGCAUUGUCGCCUACAAUUACCUGGCGCUUGUCAAUAUCCGUCGACGUGUUCGCACUUACUCAACGAUACGAUAAAAUUAUGCUCCUUUUUGUGAUUUAGCAAAGUCGACUAAGGCUUUGCUAUAUCCAACUACCAUGAACUGAUUUAGGAAUACGUGAAUUCUAUAUCUAUUUGGUCGAAUAGCCACUGAGCUUAGUGCAUGUCCCAAUCUCGUCAAUUAAUCCUAAUAGUACACUAGUAGUCAAUAACAGUUAAUCCUAAUAGUUGCAUCUUCCGCUACUGCACUACGCUGCGCUAUUUAAGCUUGAAACAUCACUCGACAUCCUGAUCGCAAAGAUAAUAAAGGUCACGUCACACAUCCGCGGUAUAACUAGCGCGAAUCAUUGAUAAGCUCCAAAAAUAAUAGCUCCAGUAAAUACUCGAUGUUAUCAGUCACUGUUUGGACGCCGAUCAAAUUCAUUUCAAUUUGCGUUGUUAAACAAUGCGCAAUGUGCAUUAAGCGUCUGAUUCUAGUUUUGGUAGUGUUAUUUGUUAAUUGUGAAAGUUCCAGAGAAUCUCAAUGCAUCGAUUAUUACAAAACAGGAAAUAACUUCGAUCUGACUACCCUUCAAGGAAAUUGGUACGCUGUAUACUUCUGGCCACCGAACAGCCGACAGAGAAGAAGUUGUGAAGUGAUUAAUUUCAAAAAGUCAUCUCAGGAUGAAAUAAUUUCACUUCAAAGCGCUUGUUCCAGCGCUAAUGUCUCAGGGAACAUGAAAAUUGUACAGUCGUCGUAUGUAAACAACGUUGGGAAGUUGACUACGGUCACUUACUACGGAGAUGAUGAAGUCAAGUCGCUCUACCGCUCGUGCGAUCGGAUUUACAAGUAUCUGUUCAUUCCUGUGAAGAAUAAUUACGUGAUGGGGAUAAACUGUUCGUCCGGUGGACGGGGCGUGCUUCUAGCGAAGUACUUGGAGUCGGCUACUGCAAUCCAAAGCACUGUUGAGAGCAUAGAUGCCAUGAAUGGAAGAGAAGGGAGUCCGGAUUGUCCCCUAAAACUUUAAUUCGUGUAACAAUGUACCGGAGCAAGAAACUUUACCAAAGAUCAACUUUGACUUUAUUUUCAAGUGUGUUUAUAAUUUGAUAGUAUACCUACUUGAUAACUUGUACUUAUUCAAAUAUACUGUUGCUUUAUGUGUACCUACCAUA